AUGGUGAUAUCUGACGAUGACGAAGAGAGCCUAUCUUUAAGGUCAAAUUUGAAUUAUAAGACACCAACGAAGAAGUUUCGUUAUGGUAACGUUCUAUCUGAUGUGGAUUCUAACAUUCUCAAUAGAUCUACAAAGAAAUCUACGCAGGAUAAGAAACGGUGGUCUCUACUUUCAAAUCAUUCUUCUUCCAAGGCUAAAAGGUCACUAGAUCACACUCCGAGUCGUGCUACGACAGCUUCCAACGUUAGAGACUCGAAGUACAAGAAAAGAAUGUCUUCUGGUAGUUCGACAAAAAGAGCUUCAUUGAAUAGCCCUAUUGAUAAUACCACCAGUAAAAAAGUGUCAGAUUCAUUGAAACGUUCCUCUACUGGGUCUUCCUUGAGACAGUUGUUAACGAGAAUGGUUACCAAUGAUUCAUCGAUCGAGCUUGAUAAAGAGAAUCAGCAUACUGCAUAUCGAUCUCCCGAAAAGAAUACAAAAUCUACGAUAAAUAAUGAUUCUGAUAAAGAAAGAUCUAGAAGAUUUUCAUUGGCAACAAGUUACAUCAAUCAAAUAAAUGAAUCAAUGGAUAACUUAAGUAUACAAUCCAAUGCGUCCUCAGGCUCAAAAUGGAAAUUUUGGAAAAAAUCAAGUGCAAGUGAAGAUGAGCAUUCGUCACUUUUAUCUCAUUCAUUCUCAAUGCGCUCUCUAAGAAUAUCAUCUAAUAAUUCAAAUAAUUCUAUACUGCAGAACAUAUCAGAAGAAAAUUCUAGUUUCCCUCGUAGUACUUCCCAAAUGCUUAACAAGAAAAGAUCUAAUGGUGGAUUGUCUGUAAAUAUUCUGAAAAAAAGAGCUUCACAUGGGAGCUUGAAACAUAAAUCAUCUCAUUCCUCACUUCAGAAACUCAAAUAUAAAUGUAGGACACCAAGCGCUUUUGAUAAUAGUCCAACGGUGUUUUCUUCUUCAUUGACCCCAGGUACUUUGGGCAACAGCAUAAACCUCGAUAUUUCGCUCCCUAUUCCUGAUCAAGUUUCUAGAGAUAAGAUAAGAACGAAAUUGAAGAAUUCAACUUCUUUAUUAUCACUGAAUUCAUCGGUACCAAUAUCUUUGAGAGAGUAUGACGAAAACAUGAUGCAACUAAUCCUGGAACAAUGUUCAAUAAAACACAUCUUAGAUAAAGUUAAAUUAUCCACCAUGGCAGACAUUCUAGAGGUAUUAUCAAUAAAAGACUCUACAAAGUUGUCAUCCUCUGUUUGGAGAACCCCAUCACGUAUUGACCCAUCUGAAACAAUAGUUUGCAAAAAAGUACAAAUGGAGACUAGUUCUAGUGUAAUGACAUUACAUGAGUUACAAGUGUUAAAUCUUUGCAAAGGUACUCCAGGUUUUCCUUACCUUCUCCAAUCAUAUAUUGUACUUUCAAAUGAAGAUCACGCCAACAAAACUUUACAGACACAUACAUUAUAUUUAUUCUUCAAAGAUUGUGGUGAACCACUAUCAAAAGUAUCUAUAAAAAGCUGGCAACAAUGUUUGAAAAUUUUUUGGCAAUGCACAACAAUCAUUUAUGUUGCUGAAACCAAAUUCGGAUUUGAGCAUAGAAAUUUAACUUUUGAUCAUAUAUUGGUCGACAGUAAAGGCAACAUUACCUUGUGUGAUAUGGAAUCAAGCAGAGCCAAUGACUCAACGGAUAACGUCUUUUUCACGAAACUGGAUCAUCCAAUCUUUUACCAGAACGAUGAGAACCAUGCCUUCGAAAACUACCAAAUUAUGAGAUCUUUCUUCACUGAACAUAAAUGGGGCCACUUUGAACCAAGAACCAGCUUGCUAUGGUUACGCUACAUAUGUCAUAAUUUUAUAAUGCAAAACAAGCUGCCAAACAGCUCUGAUAAGGUCCAAUUACUCAAAUUGAUCGCAAUCAUUGAAGAUAACAUAUUUGGCAAGAAACCCAGUGGCCAGCUUUUCAGAAGAAAGGAGACUGAAAUUUGUUGCACUGGAGAUUUAAUGAGAUUGAAAUAA